AUGGGGACCCUGAGAGAAUUUAUCCUCGGUCAUCCUUCUGUAUCAACUGUAAAGAUUCAAGUGUUUUGGAGCAAAGGAGCUGGGAAAUUACCACCUUUGCAUCUGUUGCUUGUCAAAGGGCGCAACCUAUAUAGAAUGGUGACUUUUCGUCAGCCUUGGGCAAAUGAAGUAGAAAGGCUGAAGGUUCUAGAAGAGAAGCACAACAGAGGGGACGAAGCAAGGCGUGUUCGUGCUUUGAAGAGACCUAAUUCUGCUGGAAACACUCUUAAAGGCAAGAAAAAAUUGGACAAAGAAAAGCACAAGUCUCGAUCUGAAAGGCCUCGCAGCCAAUCCAAUAUUAUUGAAUUGGAUAAAGGCAAAAAACGACCUGCACAAUCCUCCAAGUUUGAUCUGCCUAAUAAAAGAUCUAAGAAAGAAGGGUCCCAAGUGCCUUCUGGGAAAAAAGCCACUGGUGGGAGAAGAGUCAUGCUACCUUUCAGAAAAAACUGUCACGUUGAGCCUCUUAACAAGGGCCCAUCUAGCUCAAAAGUUGGGAUGAACAAAAGGACGACUGGUUCUGGGUGGAACAGAAUUGGUGGCACACAGAGUCAAUUAGAAGGAAGACACAUAACUCCAGCUGCGCUUGUUGAAGCAAAUCAUGGAAAUUUUGUUUUAGUACAGAAUGCUUGUGUUGAGAGGCCCCAAUGGCCUACUCAAUUGCGUGAAGUUGCUCACGUUUUACUGCCUCGCCCCAGUGGCAGCCAUCCACAUGUACUACCCAAGGCUACAAUGGGUCUCCGACAUCAAAAUGGAGCAAUGGCUGGUGUGCAUGCACCUGCAUAUUUCAGGGGACUUCCACCCAAUCAACAGAGGGUAGCAUUUCCUUCAGCCAACAUGCCACAAACUGUGUACCAUCCUCAUCCAGAAGAAGCAUACGUUGUGCCACACUUAAGAUAUCCUAGUGAGAGUACUGGUUUCCGUCGAUAA